CGACGGCAGCGUGGAAUAAUUCAGUUUCUGUUGGAAAUCAGAGAGUAAAGUAUACAUUUGUGUUCAGUGAUACAUUAUAAAGUGUCCUAAGAAGUGUAAUUUUACGUUUCUACGGCUUCAAGUUGAUCCAGUUAAUCUACAAUUUUAAGUAUAGAAAAUAGAAUUGCAUGGUGAAAAUGCGGUGGUGUAUCUUAGCUCUGGCGUGUGUGCUCGCGGCGGUGUACGCCGACGAGAAGAAGGAGAAAGACAAAGACAUCGGCACCGUCAUCGGUAUUGACUUGGGAACCACGUACUCAUGCGUGGGUGUGUAUAAGAAUGGACGUGUUGAAAUCAUUGCCAACGACCAGGGUAACCGUAUCACGCCCUCAUACGUAGCCUUCACAGCCGACGGAGAACGUCUUAUUGGAGAUGCUGCCAAAAAUCAACUGACUACGAACCCCGAAAACACAGUCUUCGACGCCAAGCGUCUUAUCGGUCGUGAAUGGAGUGACAGCACUGUCCAGCACGAUGUUAAAUUCUUCCCCUUCAAGGUUGUCGAAAAGAACAGCAAACCUCAUGUUUCCGUUAUGACCUCUCAAGGUGAUAAAAUAUUCGCCCCUGAAGAAAUCUCCGCUAUGGUACUCACCAAAAUGAAGGAAACUGCUGAAGCUUACCUCGGUAAGAAGGUCACCCACGCCGUCGUUACCGUACCAGCUUACUUCAACGACGCCCAGCGUCAAGCCACCAAAGACGCCGGUGUCAUCGCAGGACUUAACGUUAUGAGAAUCAUCAAUGAGCCUACGGCGGCAGCCAUCGCUUACGGUCUUGACAAGAAAGAAGGUGAAAAGAACGUUUUGGUAUUUGACUUGGGAGGUGGUACCUUCGACGUGUCUCUUCUUACCAUCGACAACGGUGUAUUCGAAGUAGUCGCUACAAAUGGUGACACUCACUUGGGAGGUGAAGACUUUGACCAGAGAGUUAUGGAGCACUUCAUCAAACUGUACAAGAAGAAGAAGGGUAAGGACAUCAGAAAGGACAACCGUGCUGUACAGAAACUGCGUCGUGAAGUCGAAAAGGCGAAGAGAGCUUUGUCUUCAAGCCACCAAGUCAAAAUCGAAAUUGAAUCCUUCUUCGAAGGAGAAGACUUCUCUGAAACCCUUACCAGGGCUAAAUUCGAGGAAUUGAACAUGGACCUAUUCAGAUCUACCCUUAAACCUGUUCAAAAGGUAUUGGAAGACGCAGACAUGAACAAGAAAGACGUCGAUGAGAUCGUGCUGGUCGGUGGAUCUACUCGUAUUCCUAAGGUUCAACAGCUGGUUAAAGAAUUCUUCAACGGCAAGGAACCUUCCCGAGGUAUCAACCCUGAUGAAGCUGUCGCUUAUGGUGCUGCCGUCCAAGCCGGAGUACUCAGCGGUGAACAGGACACUGACGCUAUUGUUCUUCUGGACGUCAACCCUCUCACUAUGGGUAUCGAGACUGUCGGUGGAGUCAUGACCAAGCUCAUCCCUCGCAACACUGUCAUCCCAACUAAGAAAUCACAGAUCUUCUCUACAGCCAGCGACAAUCAGCACACAGUCACUAUUCAAGUAUAUGAGGGUGAGCGUCCCAUGACUAAAGAUAACCACUUACUUGGAAAGUUCGACCUUACUGGUAUUCCACCCGCGCCCAGAGGUAUCCCCCAGAUUGAAGUCACAUUCGAAAUUGACGCCAACGGUAUCCUUCAAGUAUCUGCCGAAGAUAAGGGUACAGGAAACAGGGAAAAGAUUGUCAUCACCAACGACCAGAACAGACUGACACCUGAAGAUAUCGAGAGAAUGAUCAAGGACGCCGAGAAGUUCGCAGACGAUGACAAGAAAUUGAAGGAGAGAGUAGAGUCCAGGAACGAAUUGGAGAGUUACGCCUACUCUAUCAAGAACCAACUUCAGGACAAAGAGAAGCUAGGCUCCAAGCUUUCCGACGACGAGAAGAGCAAAAUGGAAGAGGCCAUCGACGCAUCCAUCAAAUGGCUCGAAGACAACCAAGACGCUGACGCCGAGGACUACAAGAAGCAGAAGAAAUCACUGGAAGAUGUCGUUCAGCCGAUCAUCGCCAAGCUGUACCAAGGACAGGGCGGAGUCCCCCCACAGGGCGCCGGCGGCGAAGACGAAGAAUUCAAAGAUGAAUUGUAACAGACUGAGUUGUAGCCAAAUUUGAUCUGAGUGUCAGAUACAGAUUAGGUACAUCGUAAAUGUGUGCUGUGUACAUAACCUGUUAACAAAUGGAUACAAGUGUUUUAGAUAGCGUUGUGUAUAUUUAUUAUGGAUCGUGUGAGUGAGGCGUGCGGCGCUGGAGACUGCCAGACAUCUAGGCGAGAAGGCCCGCCGCGUUCCUGUGUGUGUCGUUAGUGACUUAAAUAUAUAAACUGAUGCAUUUUUUAUUUGUAUGGAGAUAAAUCGCGAUGUAAGAAUCUUCCUCGGUCGACGCGAGCCCUGCUAGUCUCAGGUCGCGCGGAGACCACCUCAAUGAAUGUCAAAUACUGUACGAAGUUUUCUAGAGACUGCUGAAUUGUUAGGUGUUAAUUAGCACAGUAAUUUAUAAUAAUGUAGCUAUAAUAUUUCGAUGGUCGUACGCAGGAGUACAUAAAUAAAAACAGUUUCUAUUAUGA